AUGGCCAUGUCGCUGAGCACUGACGAUGAGGAUUACGACUCAGAGGCUGAGCAGGUUGGUUAGCGCACUGAACCCCUUGGGACAUAGCAGAGGAGAGGAAUGUGUCUGUGUGUGAGGCACAGUUAAUUGAGCUGAGCAGUGGUUGAUUGUUGUAUGGAAAGGGAGCCACCUGAAGAGAAAUGCUGCUUCUGUUUCUGUGUUAGCCUCCUUUCUCUUGUUCUUUAUUUUCUUCCCUGUGGUUGUAGGUUGAUUUACAUGUUGUGUGUGUGUGUGUGUGUGUACCUGGUAAAUGCAGUAAGGAGGUGAGAAGGCACAGACCGUUCAGACAGCAGCGUCAGUCCUCAGGGCAGCUACUGGUUGAUCCAGAACAGGGAAGAGAAACGAGAUAAACAACAUGAAGAUUGUGUGUGUGUGUGUGAUCAGGCAGAAAGAUUCAGAUUAGAGAUGAAUAUUUAAUAGGUUCGUAUGAGCUUGUGUAAGCAUGUAUGAACAGGGAAGAAGAAAUCUGAUGCAUUUAAUAGGUUUAUUGUGCCUGUAUUGUGUAUGAUAAUGAGAUAAAAUAUAGUUGAUGUGUACCGUAUGAAUUGGUUAUGGCACAUAAAUGAGCAUCGAGAUUGUGCAUGUAAACGGUGAGGAAGAUUGUGUUAGUGUAUAGAUUCCUCUGCUACAUAGUCAUAGCACUGCAUUCCACAGCCCCUUCCAAUUAUACACUCACUGUGAGUGUGUUGAUAUCAUUGGAUACAGUUGAAUUCUUUUCGGUCCCGGCACAGAUGAGAUGGCGGAAUAUCUUUUUUCUUCCCUGUUUUUGCUGUUGAUAUCAGCACAGCCUUUGUACGUAGUGUUCCUGUUCGAUAGGGAUGUACAUGUUUUCAGUGUUCAAUAUAAGAUGAAAACAUGUCACUUCCAUCUCAACGGUCUGGAUGCAGUUUAUUUGUUUACAGUGUCUAUGAGAUAAUGAUAGAGAUUGAUUGAGAUAAAUGUCUGAGUUUUUGUUAUAUCAAGAUCAAGUUCCAUAGGCUUGUAAAUCCCACAGGACCUCUGGGCGCUCACAGUGCCUCAGUCUGAGAGAGACUUGCAUCUAUUAUUCCUCACUCGCUUUUCCUCUUGAGGUUUACCAGCGGUGUUGUUUUAUCUAAGAUCACACAUCGUGUGUGUUUGUACUGUAUGACUGUGAUUGGGUGUGUGCCUGUGGAUAUGGGCUAUUCAAAUUGAGCAGGUCUUCCUGUGUUCCACUGUGGCGCAGUAGGUUAUUACACUCUGGCACCUGCUCCUACUCCUCUGGAAUAGCAUGCUGAUUUAGAGCAACGUUCAUCAUCAUACCUUAUAGCUAGGGUUCUGUGUUUUGGUUAAUCAUGUCACAUGACCUGGAUUUUCACCAUUAUUUUAGGCCUUUUCCAGAAAUGAGAAUUUGACCAGAAGUUAAAGCAAUUGUCUCAGGAUGGUUCUGGACCAUCAGACAUAAAAAGGAAAUGAGACAGCUUUGAUAAAAAAGCUUUAAAUAAAGGUUAAAAUCCAUGUCAUGUGACAUGAUUAAGCAAAACACAGGGCCCUACUACCUAGCUACAUAACAUACCUACGUGUGUGUGGUCUGGGAAUGCGUUACAUAUUUUACAGAUAACAAACCUGCUAUCCAACUACUAGCCAUGGAAGACUUUGACGCUGAUGAGAUUGAUAAGCUACAUUUCUGAUGUCAUUGCACGUCCUUGCAAGGAGAUAUCAUGCUCCCCGUACAGUCUCCAUUUGGGAUAUGAUGAGGAACAUCAUAUGUCACUCAGUGCCCCAGCUUCCUGAGAGUGACUGAUGGAUCAGUUCAGGUUCUGUAAAGUUAGUCUCACUUCCUUAAUGUAGAGGGAAAUGUACCCCCUUAUGUCACUGCUCUACAGGAUUCCCAAUCCUAUUGUGUAUUUGUCCCUUCAAAUUAAAUUAAAUCAAAUCAAAUUUUAUAUGCCACAUGCGCCAAAUACAACACCUUACAGUGAAAUGCUUACUUAAAAGCCCUUAACCAACAAUGCAGUUUUAAGAAAAUAAAAAUAAAGUGUUAAGUAAAAAAUAGAUAAGUAAAAAAUAAAAAUAGCAAAUAAUUAAAGAGCAGCAGUAAAAUAAAAUAACAGUAGGGUGGCUAUACAGGGGGUACCGGUACAGAGUCAAUGUGCGGGGGCACCAGUUAGUCGAGGUAAUUGAGGUAAUAUGUACAUGUGGGUAGCAGUGCAAAUAGUCUGGGUAGCCAGGAGUCUUAUGGCUUGGGGGUUGACGCUGUUAAGAAGCUUUUUGGACCUAGACUUGGCGCUCUGGUACCGCUUGCCGUGCGGUAGCAGAGAGAACAGUCUAUGACUAGGGUGGCUGGAGUCUUUGACAAUUUUUAGGGCCUUCCUCUGACACCGCCUGGUUCAAGGAGUGUUGCUGUGAGACUAGGUGACUUUCAGGACAAUGUGGAGGGCUGUCUGGAACAUAUUUUCUCACGUAAGGUCCGUGGUCCUUUGUGCUCAAGUCCGAUCUGACAGUGAUAGAUCUACUCCUUUUGAGGCAGGUUAACUUGAAGAUCACUAAAUGCUGUCAGGUAACCUGUUGGGUAAGGACAUCUGAUAUGGGCAAAUGGAUCCUCCGUCCUUGUCUAUGGUUGCUUGUAACAUAGAUAUGUCAAGGAGGUGACAGGACAGAUCAUAGAUAGAUCAUAAAACACUGUGUAUGCUAGGCCAGGGAAUUGCCAGGGACCUCACGAUACAAUAUUAUCACGAUACUUAGGUGCCAAUACGAUAUGUAUUAUGAUUCUCACGAUUCUAUAUUUAUUGUGAUUUGAUACUGCGAUUUGAAGUUACAAACAUAUUGCUCACUGUACUGUAUGUCUGCUGCAGAGAGACAAGAGAGGGCAUGAGAAAACAAGUCUUCUUUAGUUAUCUGCACUUCCUCUCUGGCUCAGUCAGGCCUAGAGUCUGUAAUCCUAACAGAGAACCUUGGAUUCCACCACAGAUUACAGAUGCCCCAAUAUCCAAAAUAAUCCUGUCUUUUGCCUAGAUCUCUGAUCACCCCAGCCUGGCCAUUCUGCUUGGUGUCCACUUGUUUUAGGAUAAGUCUAGAACAAGGCAAGGUUUUAACCUCUGACCCUGAUGUUCUUAGCUGAUUUGGUUAUUUGUGUUUUCUCUGUCCAGUGGUAGCAGCACUCGGUUGGUUACCCGUCACAGGAAUAGUAGGACGUUUGUUGUUGCUAUGCUGAUCCUAGAAAAAUGUGCAUUGCUGAUGUUGCUAUAGAAAUCUGAUACACCUGAUUUGCCUGUGGCUGUUUUUGUUACAUUCCGUGCUGUAAUUGUGAUCACUGAUUUUUCGCAUCUCUUCUUGCUCCUCUCACUAGGCUAGGUGGAGAAUGUUAUGAUGACAUAACCAUUCCAUUGAAUUCAAACACCUCAUUACAUCAUGCAAAUUCUUUCCAAAGCGGUUUGUGGAUUUAUUCUUGCAAAACCUGCUAGUCCCGCUGGUUGGGCAUUUAGUGAGGAUAGGGAGGAGGUGGAGUGUGCACGGCUUAGUGAAUUAGUAUGAGGAUCAAGGGAUUAGUGAAUUAGCAAUUUCAAUAUUGUUAUUAUUCUUACUAACGCAUUGUGUUUUGCCUAAUGCUCUUCAGAAGAAAUAUAAAGCAGUAGACACACCUAGUGUUGCUGGUGCAGCUCUGAGCAGCCAGUCAGCAUUCACCUGCAUUUCCUCAGUACAUGGCCUAUCCAACUGAAUAAUCACAAGAUGGGUGGGGGGGAAGUAACACAUGUACUGUACCGUGGGUUGCUGUGGAAACAAGUGCCUGUUGGAUACCUUCCAUUUGAAUACACAGUAACCGCAUUUCCUCUGGUACAGCUCAUGCCCAUCACCAUAUACUGUACAUAGCCAGGUUAUACACUGAACAAAAAUAUAAAUGCAACAUGUAAAGUUUUGGUCCCAUGUUUCAUGAGCUGAAAUAAAAGAUGGAAAGCCAGUAUGAGGGUUAGCGCUCAGGCUAGAAUGAAAGGCUGCUGGUGCGUGGGAGAGAAAAUAUCUACUCGCACUCAAAACCAUAAAGAGGAUUAACCCAAUGUAAUCCAUGCUCAAAAGAAUACAAAAAGUGCAAGUGCAAGGUGCUAAUAAACAAAUUAAAUGAACUGAGCAUACGUUUCGGCCUUAUGCCUUCAUCCCAUACGCACAAAUAGCUUAUUUCUCUCAAAUAUACUGCACACAUUUGUUUACAUCCCUAUUAGUGAGCGUUUCCCCUUUGCCAAGACAAUCCAUCCACCUGACAGGUGUAGCAUAUCAAGAAGCUGAUUAAACAGCAUGAUCAUUAUACAGGUGCACCUUGUGCUGGGGACAAUAAAAGGCCACUCAUGUGCAGUUUUGUCAAACAACACAAUGCCACAGAUGUCUCAAGUUUUAAGGGAGUGUGCAAUUGGCAUGCUGACUGCAGGAAUGUCCACCAGAGCUGUUGCCAGAGAAUGUAAUGUUAAUUUCCUACCAUAAGCCACCUCCAACUUUGUUUUAGAGAAUUUGGCAGUACGUCCAACUGGCCUCACAACCGCAGACAACGUGUAUGGUGUUGUGUGGGCGAGCGGUUUGCUGAUGUCAACAUUGUGAACAGAGUGCCCCAUGGUGGCGGUGGGGUUAUGGUAUAGGCAGGCAUAAGCUACGGACAAUGAACACAAUUGCAUUUUAUCGAUGGCAAUUUGAGUGCACUGAGAUACCGUGAUGAGAUCCUGAGGCCCAUUGUUGUGCCAUUCAUCCGCCGUCAUCACCUUAUGUUUCAUCAUGAUAAUGCACGGCCCCAUGUCGCAAGGAUCUGUACACAAUUCCUGGAAGCUGAAAAUGUCCCAGUUCUUCCAUGGCCUGCAUACUCACCAGACAUGUCACCCAUUGAGCAUGUUUGGAAUGCUCUGGAUCAACGUGUACGACAACGUGUUCCAGUUCCCGCCAAUAUCCAGCAACUUUGCACAGCCAUUGAAGAGGAGUGGGACAACAUUCCACAAUCAACAGUCGGAUCAACUCUAUGUGAAGGAGAUGUGUUGCGCUGCAUGAGGAAAAUGGUGGUCACACCAGAUACUGACUGGUUUUCUGAUCCACACCCCUACCUUUUUUUUUUAUGUAUCUGUGACCAACAGAUACAUAUCUGUAUUCCCAGUCAUUUGAAAUCCAUAGAUUAGGGCCUAAUGAAUUUAUUUCAAGUGACUGAUUUCCUUACAGGAACUGUAACUCAGUAAAACCUUUGAAAUUGUUGCAUGUUGCGUUUUUAUAUUUUUGUUCAGUGUAUAUACACUACAUGACCAAAAGUAUGUCGACACCUGCUCGUCAAACAUCUCAUUCCAAAAUCAUGGGCAUUGAUAUGGAGUUGGUCCCCCCUUUGCUGCUAUAACCGCCUCCACUCUUCUGGGAAGGCUUUCCACUAGAUGUUGGAACAUUGCUGCUGGGACAUACUUCCAUUCAGCCACAAGAGCAUUAGUGAGGUUGGAAAUUGAUGUUGGGCGAUUAGGCCUGGCUCGCAGUCGGCGUUCCAAUUCAUCCCAAAGGUGUUCGAUGGGGUUGAGGUCAGGGCUCUGUGCAGGCUAGUCAAGUUCCUCCACACCGAUCUCGACAAACCAUUUCUGUAUGUACCUCGCUUUGUGCACUGGGGCAUUGUCAUGCUGAAACAGGAAUUGGUCUUCCCCAAACUCUUGCCACAAAGUUGGAAGGACAGAAUCGUCUAGAAUGUCAUUGUAUGCUGUAGCGUUAAGAUUUCCCUUCACUGGAACUAAGGGGCCUAGCCCGAACCAUGAAAAACGUCCCCAGACCAUUAUUCCUCCUCCACCAAACUUUACAGUUGGCACUAUCCAUUUGGGCAGGUAGCGUUCUCCUUGCAUCCGCCAAACCCAGAUUCGUCCGUCAGACUGCCAGAUGGUGAAGCGUGAUUCAUCACUCCAGAGAACGCGUUUCCACUGCUCCAGAGUCCAAUGGCGGCGAGCUUUACACCACUCCAGCCGACGCAUUGCAUUGCGCAUGGUGAUCUUAAUUCAUUAAGCCCUAAUCUAUGGAUUUCACAUGACUGGGCAGGGGCGCAGCCAUGGGUGGGUCUGGGAGGGCAUAUGCCCACCCAGUGGGGAGCCAGGCCCAGCCACUCAGACUGAGUUUUUCCCCACAAAAGGGCUUUAUUACAGACAAAUACUCCUCAGUUUUGUCAGCUGUCCGGGUUGCUGGUCUCAGACAAUCCCGCAGCUAAAGAAGCCAGAUGUGUAGGUCCUUGGCUGGCGUGGUUACACAUGGUCUGCGGUUGUGAGGCAGGUUGGAUGUACUGCCAAAUUCUCUAAAACGACGUUGGAGUUGGCUUAUGGUAGAGAAAUUAACAUUACAUUAUCUGGCAACAGUUCUGGUGGACAUUCCUGCAGUCAGCAUGCCAAUUGCACGCUCUCGCAAAACUUGAGAUAGCUGUGGCAUUGUGUUGUGUGACAAAACUGUACAUUUUAGAGUGGCCUUUUAUUGUCCCCAGCUCAAGGUGCACCUGUGUAAUGAUCAUACUAUUUAAUCAGCUUCUUGAUAUGCCACACCUGUCAGGUGGGUGGAUUAUCUUGGCUAAGGAGGAAUGCUCACUAACAGGCAUGUAAACAAAUUUGUGCACAAAAUUUGAGAGAAAUAAGCUUUUUGUGCGUAUGGAACCUUUCUGGAUUUUUUAUUUCAGCUCAUGAAACAUGGGACCAACACUUUACAUGUUGCGUUUGUAUUUGUGUUCAGUAGAGAAACAAACCUCCAGUAGUCUGCCUAAUAUAGAUGAGAUCACAGUACCCUCAGGGGAUGUGUCAAGUUUUAUUUGUCACUUGCACAAGUACAGUGAAAUGCUUAACUUGCAAGCCCUACUCUACAGUGCAGUAUUCAAUAUCAAAAUAGUAUAACAAAUAAAAUAAAAUAUUAACAUGAAUAUUAGUGUGAUUUGAAUAUGAUGAAAAUAUGAGUGUUUGUUUACAGUAGCUAAUAUCACGUGGGUCCUCUCUUUUAGUGACCAGGCAUAGCCUGUCUGUUCUUGUUGUUUGCGUACACCUAAGUGUUUUUCGGCCCGCCUAAGUUGAAAUAUAAUGUAUUGGACACACCUACUCAUCCAAGGGUUUUUCUAUAUUUCUACUAUUUUUUACAUUGUAGAAUAAUAGUGAAGACAUAAACUAUGAAAUAACACAUAUGGAAUCAUGUAGUAACCAAAAAAGUGUUAAACAAAUCAAAAUAUGUUAUAUUUGAGAUUCUUCAAAGUAGCCACCCUUUGCCUUAAUGACAGCUUUGCACAGUCUUGGCAUUCUCUCAACCAGCUUCAUGAGGUAGUCACCUGGAAUGCAUUUCAAUUGCAUUCCUAAAAGUUAAUUUGUGGAAUUUCUUUCCUUAAUGUGUUUGAGCUAAUCAGUUGUAUUGUGACAAGGUAGGGGGGGGGGGUAUACAGAAGAUAGCCCUAUUUGGUAAAAGACCAAGUCCAUAUUAUGGCAAGAACAGCUCAAAUAAGCAAAGAGAAACGAGAGUCCAUCAUUACUUUAAGACAUGAAGGUCAGUCAACACGGAACAUUUCAAGAACUUUCUUCAAGUGCAGUCGCAAAAACCAUCAAGUGCUAUGAUGAAACUGGCUCUCAUGAGGACCGCCACAGGAAAGGAAUACCCAGAGUUACCUCUGCUGCAGAGGAUAAGUUCAUUAGAGUUACCAGCUUCAGAAAUUGCAGCCCAAAUAAAUGCUUCACAGAGUUCAAGUAACAGGCACAUCUCAACAUCAACUGUUCAGAGGGGACUGUGUGAAUCAGGCCUUCAUGGUCGAAUUGCUGCAAAGAAACCACUACUAAAGGACACCAAUAAUAAGAAGAUACCUGCUUGGGCCAAGAAAUACGAGCAAUGGACAUUAGACUGGUGGAAAUUUGCCCUUUUGUCCGGAGUCCAAAUUUGAGAUUUUUGGUUCAAACCGCCGUGUCUUUGUGAGACACGGUGUAGGUGAACGGAUGAUCUCUGCAUGUGUAGUUCCCACCGUAAAGCAUGAAGGAGGAGGUGUUAUGGUGUGGGGGUGCUUUGCUGGUGACACUGUCUGUGAUUUAUUUAGAAUUCAAGGCACACUUAACCAGCAUGGCUACCACAGCAUUCGGCAGCGAUACGCCAUCCCAUCUGGUUUGGUGGGACUAUCAUUUGUUUUUCAACAGGACAAUGACCCAACACACCUCCAGGCUGUGUAAGGGCUAUUUUACCAAGAAGGAGAGAGUGAUGGAGUGCUGCAUCAGAUGACCUGGCCUCCACGAUCCCCCGACCUCAACCCAAUGGAAAUGGAAAUGGUUUGGGAUGAGUCGGAAGGCAGAGGUGAAGGAAAAGCAGCCAACAAGUGCUAAGCAUACGUGGGAACUCCUUCAAGACUUUUGGAAAGCAUUCCAGGUGAAGCUGGUUGAGAGAAUGCCAAGAGUGUGCAAAGCUGUCAUCAAGGCAAAGGGUGUCUAAUUAAAGAAUCUCAAAUAUAAAAUAGAUUUUGAUUUGUUUAACACUUUUUUUGGUUACUACAUGAUUCCAUAUGUGUUAUUUCAUAGUUUUGAUGUCUUCACUAUUAUUCUACAAUGUAGAAAAUAGUAAAAAUAAAGAAAAACCCUUGAAUGAGUAGGUGUGUCCAAACUUUUGACUGGUAGUGUGUGUGUGUGUGUGUGUGUGUGCAUAUAUAUAUAUAUAUAUAUAUAUAUAUAUAUAUAUAUAUAUAUAUAUAUAUAUAUAUACAGUUGAAGUCGGAAGUUUACAUACACUUAGGUUGGAGUCAUUAAAACUCAUUUUCCAACCACUCCACAAAUUUCUCGUUAACAAACUAUAGUUUUGGCAAGUCGGUUAGGACAUCUACUUUGUGCAUGACACAAGUAAUUUUUCCAACAAUUGUUUACAGACAGAUUAUUUCACUUAUAAUUCACUGUAUCACAAUUCCAGUGGGUCAGAAGUUUACAUACACUAAGUUGACGGUGCCUUUAAACAGCUUGGAAAAUUCCAGAAAAUGAUGUCAUGGCUUUAGAAGCUUCUGAUAGGCUAAUUGACAUCAUUUGAGUAAAUUGGAGGUGUACCUGUGGAUGUAUUUCAAGGCUUACCUUCAAACUCAGUACCUCUUUGCUUGACAUCAUAGGAAAAUCAAAAGAAAUCAGCCAAGACCUCAGAAUAUAAAUUGUAGACCUCGACAAGUCUAGUUCAUCCUUGGGAGCAAUUUCCAAACGCAUGAAGGUACCACGUUCAUCUGUACAAACAAUAGUACGCAAGUAUAAACACCAUGGGACCACGCAGCCGUCAUACCGCUCAGGAAGGAGACGUGUUCUGUCUCCUAGAGAUGAACGUACUUUGGUUCCAAAAGUGCAAAUCAAUCCCAGAACAACAGCAAAGGACCUUGUGAAGAUGCUGGAAGAAACAGGUACAAAAGUAUCUAUAUCCACAGUAAAACAAGUCCUUUAUCUAAAUAACCUGAAAGGCCACUCAGCAAGGAAGAAGCCAUUGCUCCAAAACCACCAUAAAAAAGCCAGACUACGGUUUGCAACUGCACAUGGGGACAAAGAUCAUACUUUUUGGAGAAAUGUCCUCUGGUCUGAUGAAACAAAAAUAGAACUGUUUGCCCAUAAUGACCAUCGUUAUGUUUGGAAGAAAAAGGGGGGUCUUGCAAGCCGAAGAACACCAUCCCAACCGUGAAGCACAGGGGUGGCCGCAUCAUGCUGUGGGGGUGCUUUGCUGCAGGAGGGACUGGUGCACUUCACAAAUGAGGAAGGAAAAUGAUGUGGAUAUAUUGAAGCAACAUCUAUCUAUCUAUAUAUAUAUAUAUAUAUAUAUAUAUAUACACUGCUCAAAAAAAUAAAGGGAACACUUAAACAACACAUCCUAGAUCUGAAUGAAUGAAAUAAUCUUAUUAAAUACUUUUUUCUUUACAUAGUUGAAUGUGCUGACAACAAAAUCACACAAAAAUUAUCAAUGGAAAUCAAAUUUAUCAACCCAUGGAGGUCUGGAUUUGGAGUCACCCUCAAAAUUAAAGUGGAAAACCACACUACAGGCUGAUCCAACUUUGAUGUAAUGCCCUUAAAACAAGUCAAAAUGAGGCUCAGUAGUGUGUGUGGCCUCCACGUGCCUGUAUGACCUCCCUACAAUGCCUGGGCAUGCUCCUGAUGAGGUGGCGGAUGGUCUCCUGAGGGAUCUCCUCCCAGACCUGGACUAAAGCAUCCGCCAACUCCUGGACAGUCUGUGGUGCAACGUGGCGUUGGUGGAUGGAGCGAGACAUGAUGUCCCAGAUGUGCUCAAUUGGAUUCAGGUCUGGGGAACGGGCGGGCCAGUCCAUAGCAUAAAUGCCUUCCUCUUGCAGGAACUGCUGACACACUCCAGCCACAUGAGGUCUAGCAUUGUCUUGCAUUAGGAGGAACCCAGGGCCAACUGCACCAGCAUAUGGUCUCACAAGGGGUCUGAGGAUCUCAUCUUGGUACCUAAUGGCAGUCAGGCUACCCCUGGCGAGCACAUGGAGGGCUGUGCGGCCCCCCAAAGAAAUGCCACCCCACACCAUGACUGACUCACCGCCAAACCGGUCAUGCUGGAGGAUGUUGCAGGCAGCAGAAAGUUCUCCACGGCGUCUCCAGACUCUGUCACGUCUGUCACAUGUGCUCAGUGUGAACCUGCUUUCAUCUGUGAAGAGCACAGGGCGCCAGUGGCGAAUUUGCCAAUCUUGGUGUUCUCUGGCAAAUGCCAAACGUCCUGCACGGUGUUGGGCUGUAAGCACAACCCCCACCUGUGGACGUCGGGCCCUCAUACCACCCUCAUGGAGUCUUUUUCUGACCGUUUGAGCAGACACAUGCACAUUUGUGGCCUGCUGGAGGUCAUUUUGCAGGGCUCUGGCAGUGCUCCUCCUGCUCCUCGGAGGUAGCGGUCCUGCUGCUGGGUUGUUGCCCUCCUACGGCCUCCUCCACGUCUCCUGAUGUACUGGCCUGUCUCCUGGUAGCGCUUCCAUGCUCUGGACACUACGCUGACAGACACAGCAAACCUUCUUGCCACAGCUCGCAUUGAUGUGCCAUCCUGGAUGAGCUGCACUACCUGAGCCACUUGUGUGGGUUGUAGACUCUGUCUCAUGCUACCACUAGAGUGAAAGCACCGCCAGCAUUCAAAAGUGACCAAAACAUCAGCCAGGAAGCAUAGGAAUUGAGAAGUGGUCUGUGGUCACCACCUGCAGAACCACUUCUUUAUUGGGGGUGUCUUGCUAAUUGCCUAUAAUUUCCACCUGUUGUCUAUUCCAUUUGCACAACAGCAUGUGAAAUGUAUUGUCAAUCAGUGUUGCUUCCUAAGUGGACAGUUUGAUUUCACAGAAGUGUGAUUGACUUGGAGUUACAUUGUGUUGUUUAAGUGUUCCCUUAAUUUUUUUGAGCAUAUAUAUAUAUAUAUAUAUAUAUAUAUAUAUACAGUGGGGAGAACAAGUAUUUGAUACACUGCCGAUUUUGCAGGUUUUCCUACUUACAAAGCAUGUAGAGGUCUGUAAUUUUUAUCAUAUGUACACUUCAACUGUGAGAGACGGAAUCUAAAACAAAAAUCCAGAAAAUCACAUUGUAUGAUUUUUAAGAAAUUAAUUUGCAUUUUAUUGCAUGACAUAAGUAUUUGAUCACCUACCAACCAGUAAGAAUUCCAGCUCUCACAGUCCUGUAAGUUUUUCUUUAAGAAGCCCUCCUGUUCUCCACUCAUUACCUGUAUUAACUGCACCUGUUUGAACUCGUUACCUGUAUAAAAGACACCUGUCCACACACUCAAUCAAACAGACUCCAACCUCUCCACAAUGGCCAAGACCAGAGAGCUGUGUAAGGACAUCAGGGAUAAAAUUGUAGACCUGCACAAGGCUGGGAUGGGCUACAGGACAAUAGGCAAGCAGCUUGGUGAGAAGGCAACAACUGUUGGCGCAAUUAUUAGAAAAUGGAAGAAGUUCAAGAUGACGGUCAAUCAACCUCGGUCUGGGGCUCCAUGCAAGAUCUCACCUCGUGGGGCAUCAAUGAUCAUGAGGAAGGUGAGGGAUCAGCCCAGAACUACACGGUAGGACCUGGUCAAUGACCUUAAGAGAGCUGGGACCACAGUCUCAAAGAAAACCAUUAGUAACACACUACGCCGUCAUGGAUUAAAAUCCUGCAGUGCACGCAAGGUCCCCCUGCUCAAGCCAGCGCAUGUCCAGGCCCGUCUGAAGUUUGCCAAUGACCAUCUGGAUGAUCCAGAGGAGGAAUGGGAGAAGGUCACGUGGUCUGAUGAGACAUAAAUAGAGCUUUUUGGUCUAAACUCCACUCGCCGUGUUUGGAGGAAGAAGAAGAAUGAGUACAACCCCAAGAACACCAUCCAACCGUGAAGCAUGGAGGUGGAAACAUCAUUCUUUGGGGAUGCUUUUCUGCAAAGGGGACAGGACGACUGCACCGUAUUGAGGGGAGGAUGGAUGGGGCCAUGUAUCGCAAGAUCUUGGCCAACAACCUCCUUCCCUCAGUAAGAGCAUUGAAGAUGGGUCAUGGCUGGGUCUUCCAGCAUGACAACGACCCGAAACACACAGCCAGGGCAACUAAGGAGUGGCUCCGUAAGAAGAAUCUCAAGGUCCUGGAGUGACCUAGCCAGUCUCCAGACCUGAACCCAAUAGAAAAUCUUUGGAGGGAACUGAAAGUCCGUAUUGCCCAGCGACAUCCCCGAAACCUGAAGGAUCUGGAGAUGGUCUGUAUGGAGGAGUGGGCCAAAAUCCCUGCUGCAGUGUUUGCAAACCUGGUCAAGACCUACAGAAAACGUAUGAUCUCUGUAAUUGCAAACAAAGGUUUCUGUAUCAAAUAUUAAGUUCUGCUUUUCUGAUGUAUCAAAUAAUUAUGUCAUCCAAUAAAAUGCAAAUUAAUUACUUAAAAAUCAUAAAAUGUGAUUUUCUGGAUUUUUGUUUUAGAUUCCGUCUCUCAGAGUUGAAGUGUACCUAUGAUAAAAAUUACAGACCUCUACAUGCUUUGUAAGUAGGAAAACCUGCAAAAUCGGCAGUGUAUCAAAUACUUGUUCUCCCCACUGUGUGUAUAUAUAUAUAUAUAUAUAUAUAUAUAUAUAUAUAUAUAUAUAUAUAUAUAUAUAUUAGAAUAUCAUCUUUGUGAACUAACUCACCUAAAUUAAAGCUAGACAGUCAGGGAGAAUUGAAAAUAAAACAAACUAUGAACUCAGGAGUAUUUAUUUUGUUAUUAUGUUUGAGCUUAACACAGCAUUAGCCAUGUCAAAAUGCAUAGAAUCGCAGGAAAUUAGCUUUUAAAACUGCAACAUUUUCUCUCAGCUCCAUGGAGAAAUGUGUAGAAUUGCAGGAAAUUGGCUUAAAAUGCAAACAUUUUUCUACACCGCUAAGAUUGGGGGCCUCUAAAAUGUUCUUGGCCAUGGACUGGUCCGGACCGAAUUCAGCUGCGCCGAUGGGCCGACCAUGCCUAUUGCCAUGCCCCCCUGCCACACCCACCACCUAAGCCCCUUUUUGAUCCAGAAAAAAAGAAUGUAACCUGUGUGCACGUGCGUUGCGUGCGUGUGUUUUAUGAGCAGCACAUUCAAUGUUGUCUCAGCGUUGACUCAGGGCCAGAAAUAACAGAGGGAAAAAUAAACUAUGUCAGGAAGAAAUAACUCAAUAAUGGAAAAUGCUCCACAUCAAAGCAGCCCCCCUCCCCUCCCCAUCUCUCACUGCCUUCAAUUUAAUUUUACAGCACAUUUAAACUUAUGCCUUCUCCCUGUUACGUAAAACUGUUAGUGGUUCAUGUUUUGGCAUACAAUGUUGCUAGGGAAACAUGGAAACACUUUCAAACCAAGCUUCUAAGAUGUUCGAGUACUGAUGAUUUGAGUUAGAAAAAUUGCAUGUUCUCACUUGAGUGCGGUCCAUGGUUCUGUGUUUUCCGUAGUAGAUGGUUAGACCAGCGAACUGGGUAUCACAGGUCAUAAUAAAGGCUCUGCUUCUUGUGACUCAGAACUGAAUUGGUCAACUGCUGGGAUUGAUUAGAUGAGUCAAUUCACCUGGUUUCCCUAAUCAGCUGCGAAUUCAGGGGUCAAUAUUAUAGCAAAUACUGCAACACCCUGCAGACCUGAUCCCGUAUUUACAAAGCCUCUCAGCGUAGGAGUGCUGAUCUAAGGUCAGCCUUUUAGAUCAUAAUGAACAAGAGUAUAUGGACCUGAUCCUAGAUCAGCACUCCUACUCUGAGACGCGUUGUGAAUAUAGGCCCAGAUCCAUCUGUCUCUGUAUCAGACCUUGCUUUCACGUUUUGUGUUGUUGUACUAUAACGACACCUCACUCUCCUACCUCUCCCUCUUCUCCUUUCAGCAGCAGAGACCUCCCAACAGGCCCAAACCCAAAAUGGCGGCCUCGUCUCCUGUGGCGGCGGUCAAGCUGUCGGCCAGCCGGAGCACGUCUGGCGCCCGGCGGAGGAGGACGCGCUGUCGGAAGUGUGAGGCGUGCCUGAGGACAGAGUGUGGAGAAUGCCACUUCUGUAAAGACAUGAAGAAGUUUGGAGGGCCGGGUCGUAUGAAACAAUCCUGCAUCAUGAGGCAGUGUAUCGCGGUAGGUCUCCUAUUAAUCUUAAACUAAAACUAACCUGCAGAGUAUUUGGACAUUCUUUGUUUGUGUGUGGACAUUUUAUCUGGUGACUAUGUACAGAGAGUGAGUUUGUGGUCCUCUGUAGCUCAAUUGGUAGAGCAUGGCGCUUGUAACGCCCGGGUAGUGGGUUCGAUCCCCGGGACCACCCAUACAUAAAAAUGUAUGCACGCAUGACUGUAAGUCGCUUUGGAUAAAAGCGUCUGCUAAAUGGCAUAUAAUAUGAUUAUGAUUUAUAAUAUGCUAAUGUAGUGUUUGUGUUGUCUCCAGCCUGUCCUGCCCCACACCGCAGUGUGUCUGGUGUGUGGGGAGGCAGGGAAGGAGGACACGGUGGAGGAAGAGGAGGACAAGUUUAACCUCAUGCUCAUGGAGUGCUCCAUCUGCAAUGAGAUAGUCCAUCCACUCUGCCUCAAGGUAAACUGCUCAAUACAUUAUGCUGUUACUGAGCAUCUUAUAUCUGUCUGAUUUGAUUCAAUGUGAGCACUUACAUUACUGCAGUGUAUUUGUUUAUGGUUGCCCUUCCUCCUAUAGAACAGGGGUCGGCAACAGGCGACCGAGAGUGGUUUGGUUUUGUCCCCACCCCCCAAAAAAAAUAUAAUUUUUUUUUAGGAUUUAUGUUUUUGGUCAAAAAAGAAUGUAAAGUCAUCAGGAAUUCACCAAAAAAUGAGUUUAAUUUAGGAAAUCUGUUCCCAAGUAUUCCCACAAAUAAAAAUAAACUGACAUACGUGUAAUCAUGGUAUGAAAUUAUUGUUAUUAGGGGUUCACAGCAAAGCUGUGAAACCUAUUGUUAUUCUUAGAUUAUAUAUAUUUUUCAUGACAUGGUCAAAUAACUUGAGCAUAGAUUAGUAACUUUUUUUUCUAAUUUGGCACACAGAAACAAGAGGCCAUGAGUAGAAUGGCACCGAUUGGGUGGCACAGUUAUAAGCAGUCUCACUUACACCCCGAUAUCCGCUGCUCCGUUUGACCUAGAGACUUGAACCUGUGCAUUCGGAAAGUAUUCAGACCCCUUGACUUUUUCCACAUUUUGUUACUUUACAGCCUUAUUCUAAAACUGUUUUUUUGGGGGGUUUUUUCAAUCUACAUACAAUACCCCAUAAUGACAAAGCAAAAACAGGUUUCUAGAAAUGUUUGCUAAUUUAUUACAAAUAAAAAACUGAAAUAUUACAUUUACAUACACUACCGUUCAAAAGUUUGGGGUCACUUAGAAAUGUCCUUGUUUACGAAAGAAAAGCCAAUUUUUUGUCCAUUUAAAAUAACAUCAAAUUGAUCAGAAAUACAGUGUAGACAUUGUUAAUGUUGUAAAUGGCUAUUGUAGCUGGAAACGGCUGAUUUUUAAUGGAAUAUCUACAUAGGCCCAUUAUCAGCAACCAUCAGUCCUGUGUUCCAAUGGCUAUUCUUGUUCUGAGAAAUGAAGGCUAUUCCAUGCGAGAAAUUGCCAAGAAACUAAAGAUCUCGUACAACACUGUGUACUACUCCCUUCACAGAACAGCGCAAACUGGCUCUAACCAGAAUAGAAAGAGGAGUGGGAGGCCCCGGUGCAGAACAGAGCAAGAGGACAAAUACAAUAGUGUCUAGUUUGAGAAACAGUCGCCUCACAGGUCCUCAACUGGCAGCUUCAUUAAAUAGUACCCGCAAAACACCAGUCUCAACGUCAACAGUGAAGAGGCGACUCUGGGAUGCUGACCUUCUAGGCAGAGUUGCAAAGAAAAAGCCAUAUCUCAGACUGCCCAUCUUAAUCUUUUAUUUUUAUUGGCCAGUCUGAGAUAUGGCUUUGCCUAGAAGGUCAGCAUCCCGGAGUCGUCUCUUCACUGUUGAUGUUGAGACUGGUGUUUUGCGGGUACUAUUUAAUUAAGCUGCCAGUUGAGGACAUGUGAGGCGCCUGUUUCUCAAACUAGAUACUAAUGUAUUUGUCCUCUUGCUCAGUUGUGCACCGGGGCCUCCCACUCCUCUUUCUAUUCUGGUUAGAGCCAGUUUGCGCUGUUCUGUGAAGGGAGUAGUACACAGCGUUGUACGAGAUCUUCAGUUUCUUGGCAAUUUCUUGCAUGGAAUAGCCUUCAUUUCUCAGAACAAGAAUAGACUGACAGGUUUCAGAAGAAAGUUAUUUGUUUCUGGCCAUUUUGAUUCUGUAAUCGAACCCACAAUUGCUGAUGCUCCAGAUACUCAACUAGUCUCAAGAAGGCCAGUUUUAUUGCUUCUUUAAUCAGCACAACAGUUUUCAGCUGUGCUAACAUAUUUGCAAAAGGGUUUUCUAAUGAUUAAUUAGCGUUUUUUAAGUGAUAAACUUGGAUUAGCAAACACAACGUGCCAUUGGAACACAGGACUGAUGGUUGCUGAUAAUGGGCCUCUGUACGCCUAUGUAGAUAUUCCAUAAAAAAUCUGCCAUUUCCAGCUAUAAUAGCCAUUUACAACAUUAACAAUGUCUACACUGUAUUUCUGAUCAAUUUGAUGUUAUUUUAAUGGACAAAUAAAUUGCUUUUCUUUUGAAAACAAGGACCCCAAACGUUUGAAUGGUAGUGUAAGUAUUCAGACCCUUUACUCAGUAAAUUGUUGAAGCACCUUUGGCGGUGAUUACAGCCUUGAGUUUUCUUGGGUAUGAUGCUACAAGCUUAGCAUACCUGUAUUUGGGGAGUUUCUCCCAUUCUUCACUGCAGAUCCUCUCAAGCUCUGUCAGGUUGGAUGGGGAGUGUAGCUGCACAGCUAUUUUCAGGUCUCUCCAGAGAUGUUCGAUCGGGUUCAAGUCCGGGCUCUGGCUGGGCCACUCAAGGACAUUGAGACUUGUCCUGAAGCCACUCCUGCAUUGUCUUGGCUGUAUGUGUAGAGUCAUUGUCCUGUUGGAAGGUGAACCUGCGCCCCAGUCUGAUGUCUCUCUGUACUUUGCUCUGUUCAUCUUUCCCUCGAUCAUGACUAGUCUCCCAGUCCUGAAAAACAUCCCCACAGCAUGAUGCUGCCACCACCAUGCUUCACCGUAAGGAUGGUGCCAGGUUUCCUCCAGAUGUGACGCUUGGCAUUCAGGCCAAAGAGUUCAAUCUUGGUUUCAUCAGACCAGAGGAUCUUGUUUCUCAUGGUCUAAGAGUCCUUUAGGUGCCUUUUGGCAAACUCCAAGCGGGCUGUCAUGUGCCUUUUUACUGAGGAGUGACUUCCGUCUGGCCACUUUACCAUAAAGGCCUGAUUGAUGGAGUGCUGCAGAGAUGGUUGUCCUUCUGGAAGGUUCUCCCAUCUCCACAGAGGAACUCUGGAGCUCUGUCAGAGUGACCAUCUUGGUCUCCUCACUGACCAAGGCCCUUCUCCCCCAAUUGCUCAGUUUGGCCAGGCGAACAGCUCUAGGAAGAGUCUUGUUGAUUCCAAACUUCUUCCAUUUAAGAAUGGAGGCAACUGUGUUCUUGAACCUUCAAUGCUGCAGAAAUGUUUUGGUACCCUUCUCCAGAUUUGUGCCUCGACACAAUUCUGUCUCAGAGCUCUACGGACAAUUCCUUCAACCUCAUGGCUUGGUUUUUGCUCUGACAUGCACUGUCAACUGUGGGACCUUAUAUAGACAGGUGUGUGCCUUUCCAUGUCAUGUCCAAUCAAUUGAAUAUACCACAGAUGGACUCCAAUCAAGUUGUAGAAACAUCUCAAGGAUGAUCAAUGGGAACAGGAUGCACCUGAGCUCAAUUUCGAGUCUCAUAGCAAAGGGUCUGAAUACUUAUAUAAAUAAGGUAUUUCUGUUUUUAUUUUUAAUACAUUUGCAAAGAUUCUACAAAUCUAUUUUGGGCUUGACAUUAUCGAGUAUUGUGUGUAGAUUGAUAAGGAAAAAAUACUAUUUAAGCCAUUUUAGAAUAAGGCUGUAAUGUAACAACGUGGAAAAAGUCAAGGGGUUUGAAUACUUUCCGAAUGCACUGUAUGUGUCUUUACUCACGCUGAAUACAUUUGCCUCAAGGACCGAUAAGGUCCAUCAGGAUAGAUUUUCCUCCAUCUUGACAUUUUGGAAAAACUUAUUCUCAUGAACCAUAAGUCGGCAUGUAGGCCCAUGGUACAUCUCUUACCUUAGUUUGAGAAAAGCUAAGGGAUUAGUUAAGAGAUGGCUGAGUUAUUGAUAAAUCAGGAAAUCAGAUUUUAUGUGUCAAUUUAAAUCCUUUUGUAAAUCCACUUUGUAAAUCCAAUGUAACGUCAUCAAAGACAUUACAUUGAUGAACCAUGUUAAGUUUGGCAUUGAUAUCUUAACAAAUAAGGAAACUAUUAACGAUUCACUUUUUUGACUAUGUAACGCUACUGCUUAAAAUAAUCAUAAAAAAUCUUCUCAUGGACUAAAAGUUAGAUUCACUCCAAAUUUGGUUGUUGGACUCAUCACAAUGGUCCCUAAAGAGUUUAAGAAAAUAACCUUUAUGCAAUCAAUGUUGGCCAGUAGAUGCAUAUUAGCACAUACAGUGAGGGAAAAAAGUAUUUGAUCCCCUGCUGAUUUUGUACGUUUGCCCACUGACAAAGAAAUGAUCAGUCUAUAAUUUUAAUGGUAUGUUUAUUUGAACAGUGAGAGACAGAAUAACAACAAUAAAAUCCAGAAAAACUCAUGUCAGAAAUGUUAUAAAUUGAUUUGCAUUUUAAUGAGAGAAAUAAGUAUUUGACCCCUCUGCAAAACAUGACUUAGUACUUGGUGGCAAAACCCUUGUUGGCAAUCACAGAGGUCAGACGUUUCUUGUAGUUGGCCACCAGGUUUGUACACAUCUCAGGAGGGAUUUUGUCCCACUCCUCUUUGCAGAUCUUCUCCAAGUCAUUAAAGUUUCGAGAUUGACGUUUGGCAACUCGAACCUUCAGCUCCCUCCACAGAUUUUCUAUGGGAUUAAGGUCUGGAGACUGGCUAGGCCACUCCAGGACCUUAAUGUGCUUGUUCUUAAGCCACUCCUUUGUUGCCUUGGCCUUGUGUUUUGGGUCAUUGUCAUGCUGGAAUAUCCAUCCACGACCCAUUUUCAAUGCCCUGGCUGAGGGAAGGAGGUUCUCACCCAAGAUUUGACGGUACAUGGCCCCGUCCAUCGUCCCUUUGAUGCGGUGAAGUUGUCCUGUCCCCUUAGCAGAAAAACACCCCCAAAGCAUAAUGUUUCCACCUCCAUGUUUGACGGUGGGGAUGGUGUUCUUGGGGUCAUAAGCAGCAUUCCUCCUCCUCCAAACACUGCGAGUUGAGUUGAUGCCAAAGAGCUCGAUUUUGGUCUCAUCUGACCACAACACUUUCACCCAGUUCUCCUCUGAAUCAUUCAGAUGUUCAUUGGCAAACUUCAGACGGGCCUGUAUAUGUGCUUUCUUGAGCAGGGGGACCUUGCGGGCGCUGCAUGAUUUCAGUCCUUCACGGCGUAGUGUGUUACCAAUUGUUUUCUUGGUGACUAUAGUCCCAGCUGCCAUGAGAUCAUUGACAAGAUCCUCCCGUGUAGUUCUGGGCUGAUUCCUCACCGUUCUCAUGAUCAUUGCAACUCCACGUGGUGAGAUCUUGCAUGGAGCCCCAGGCCGAGGGAGAUUGACAGUUCUUUUGUGUUUCUUCCAUUUGCGAAUAAUCGCACCAACUGUUGUCACCUUCUCACCAAGCUGCUUGGCGAUGGUCUUGUAGCCCAUUCCAGCCUUGUGUAGGUCUACAAUCUUGUCCCUGACAUCCUUGGAGAGCUCUUUGGUCUUGGCCAUGGUGGAGAGUUUGGAAUCUGAUUGAUUGAUUGCUUCUGUGGACAGGUGUCUUUUAUACAGGUAACAAACUGAGAUUAGGAGCACUCCCUUUAAGAGUGCUCCUAAUCUCAGCUCGUUACCUGUAUAAAAGACACCUGGGAGCCAGAAAUCUUUCUGAUUGAGAGGGGGUCAAAUACUUAUUUCCCUCAUUAAAAUGCAAAUCAAUUUAUAACAUUUCUGACAUUUGUUUUUCUGGAUUUUGUUGUUGUUAUUCUGUCUCUCACUGUUCAAAUAAACCUACCAUUAAAAUUAUAGACUAAUAAUUUCUUUGUCAGUGGGCAAACGUACAAAAUCAGCAGGGGAUCAAAUACUUUUUUCCCUCACUGUAUGUUAAAAUAUGCCAAAAUACUCUUAAAACAUUUAUUCUCAUUAAUCCAAAUUUGGUCCUAUGGUUCAAAUUUGGUCCUGAUUGUCAAAAGAUGGCUAUUGACAAAAAAAGACAAAAAAAUAUAUAUAUAUAUAUUUUAAGUGUUCAAUUAACUCACUGUAAAUCCACAUUUCACAGUGGCCUAUCGACUUGAAAUUGUCAUUAUCAUGAACAUCCCUAAAAUGUACCACACUGAAUUUGGUAUUGAUAUCUAAAAAAACAUUAAAAAUAUUAACUACUUUGCAUAUGUAACGCUAAUGAUUUAGUAUUUUGUACACAUGAAGGAAGAUACAGUAGUUCCUACAUGAUAGUGCUUGCUUUGUUAUCCAACUGAUCUGGUGUUCCUUUUGUCAUCCUGUGAACCCCAUUCAAUGCUGCUCGCAGCUAAAAAAUUGGGGGGCUAAGUUGUGGUCAAUUUGCAGUGUACAAAUUAUAAUUAUGUUCCGACCCCCCCCCCGACCAUCCGCUCCGACAAAAAUCGACCCGCAGAUUAAUCUAGUUGCCUACCCCUGCUAUAAAGGACUUAUGCUGCAAAUGAUAAAUGAUAGCUUUGCUUCAAACUGUAUCACUUUUACUUGUGCUUACUAUCGCCUUCACCCACUCACUACCUGUGCUGUCUUGUUCAGGUUAAAAAUUCUGGUGGAGUUGUAAAUGAAGAGUUGCCAAACUGCUGGGAGUGUCCAAAAUGCAACCAUGCAGGGAAGACUGGGAAAGUAAGCAUCUACGUGGGUGUGGAAAUGAAUGUUCUUGGCAGAAUAUCUAGGCUCUGCACUGUUCAAUAAAUCACAUUUAUUGUAAAAAUUAUUUUGAAUUAAGUGUCCAGAAAACAAAUAGGCAAAAGGUAUAAAGUUGUCUUCCCUUGUUUCUUCCCUUUUGGCUGUCAAGCAAAAAAGAGGACCAGGGUUCAAGUACGCGUCCAACCUUCCCGGGUCGCUACUGAAGGACUCGCGAUUGAACCGUGACAUCAAGGAAGAGUCCGACCCGCCCAGUGUGCCAACGUCACCCACUGCAGUGAAGAGGAAGGCAGAGCGGGAUGACACCCCCAAGAGGAAAGCAGAGGAAUAUCCUCCUCUGAAGAAACGUUCUCCCAUGUUGUCUCUGGGCGGGCUACCCCAUCCUCGACCCAGGCCUGAGGACAACCCUCUGAGGAAGAAGAGGAAGCUGUUCGACAUUAAAGAUGAGGACGAGCCUCCUGUUGUCAAGAAAAAGGUAAUUUAUCCAACAGGCUUUAGGCUGACCAUGGAUAAUUCAGUUUAUAUUGAAGUGUCUGUCUGUACUGAGCAUUCCUCUUGAUUUGAUAAGAAACCAAUUAGAUAAGGCCCAGAGUUUAUUUUGUCAAGAUUCUAUUACCAAACAGUAACCCUUUUGAUUUGAGAAUCGUAGUCCACUUACUUGUCAAACACUAUUUUGAGAAAAAUAUUUGAUAAAUAAGAUCUUAUAAAACUAUUUGGAGAAAGAUAUAUGAUAAAUAAGAUCUUAUAAAAAUGCAAAUUCAAACUGUAACAAAUGAAUGUCAGAGUAAUUCAUAUACUCCCCAUGUUCCCUUACAGAAGAAGCCCCCAAAACCUGAUGACACCUUCACUCCCAAGCUGUUACGGCCCAUCAAGCAAGAGAGAGUUGAUGAGGACGAAGACCAUGAAGAGGAGGACAGAUACACAGGGGACAGGGUUGCAGCUAAAGGGAAAAGAGAAGAAGAGGAUGAAGAUAAGGAGGAGGAAGAAGAGGAGAAAGAUGGUGGUGUAGAGGACAGGAAAGACGGUAAAGUAAAGACUAUGCUGAGUCCACUGCUACGGACGUCUGCAGCCAGAGAGAGUGACCAGUCCUGCUCCAGCUCUCCCCGGGCAGGGCCCAGCAGUGAGGGGGGUGAUGCCCCAGAGAAGACACUUGGCCAGCUGAAGGCACACCAGCGACGCCGCCUCCCCAACAAAGAGCUGAGCAAGGAGCUGAGCAAAGAGCUCAACCUGGAGAUCCAGAAGACAGAGGACUGCUUGGCCAAUCAGAACCGCAGACCACUGAAGAAGGAGAACAGCCCAACCAAUAACAACCGUCGACCACUGAAGACUGAGGACUCCUCGACCAAUCAGAACCGCAGACCACUAAAAACAGAGGACUCCCCCACCAAUCAUAACCGCAGGCCAAUUAAGACUGAGGAUGGCCUAUCCAAUCACAACCGUCGACCAUUGAAGACCGAGGACUGCUUGGCCAAUCAGAACCACAGGCCAAUGAAGACCGAGCCUGAGAGUGAUGGGGAGGAGCCUAAGCCCAAGCGGCCACUCGACAACGGCAGCAGUGACCUCGGAGACUGGCUCCACCCCAGGGGGCGGGAGGUGAACGGGACACCCCGCCAGCUCUCGCCCCUGGGGUGGAACCGGAGCCCUCCGAUCACGCCCAUUUGCCCACGCCCCCCUCCCUGCCGCUCACCGCCCAAGUGUGUACAGAUGGAGCGUCACGUGAUCCGGCCGCCUCCCAUCAGCCCCCCGCCAGACAGACUUCCCCUGGAUGACGGACAGGCCCACGUGAUGCGCAGGGAGUUGUGGAUGGUCGUGUUCAGCCACCUCGCACACAGAGACCUGUGUGUCUGCAUGCGCAUCUGCAAGACCUGGAACAGAUGGUGAGCUGUAGCUAUCGGAGGUCAUGUCUACACUUGACACUUACAUGCGACUUCUGCUAUCAGAAUACAAAGAUUGCAUUGAAAAGAUGGGUCUAGUCUGAAUGCGAUCAGGCACCCAACUUGUGUUUUGGGACCAAGAGGCACUUUUUCAAAUACGUUCCUUGCGUGUGGGGAUCGUGUUUGCUGGCCUCAAAUGCUUUUGUUUGGUUAGUGUUAUGCAAUCCCUUCAGCAUUGCUUGCUAGCUACAGAGGUUAGCUGGCUACUUAGCUACAGUAGUUAGCUACAGUAGUUAGCUACUGCCAUUAGUUGUUGUUAUUAUCAUAUUUUGAUAUUCCACCGUUUGUAGAAUGUAUUCUGGCAUUUGAUUAUAGUGUGGGAACGGACACAAUGUGUACAUGGUGGACACAUUUAAAUGUAAAUGUAGACUAAUGACGUGUUCGGAAUUCCAUGAUCAGAACUCCAUUAUCAGAAUACUAAAGCUGCAUGAACUGUCAAGUCUAGACACGGCCUGAUAGACCAAAGGGUUUGAUACCAAGUUGGACAAAUCAGUCUUGUGAUUAGUGGGUUGUGUUUUUCAAAGUGGUCCUUGUUCAUUGGAAAGACAGUAUGAACACUAAGCUGUAAGGCUCGUAGCUUGCCUAGAGCUCUCACCUCAGUGUAGUCUUUCCACAGUUGUAGCUAUGGUGGCUGUGUGAUCAUGUAGUUACCUUCGUCCCUGCCUCCGCAGGUGCUGUGAUAAGAGACUGUGGACGCGGAUCGAUCUGAACCGCUGUAAAUCCAUCACUCCCCUAAUGCUGAGUGGCAUCAUCCGCAGACAGCCUGUGGCUCUGGACCUCAGCUGGACCAACAUCUCCAAGAAGCAACUCAGCUGGCUCAUCAACAGGCUGCCAGGUAAACACCAGCCAGCAGUGUUGUAACUGAGGCAAUGUGCAUAUCCCUCUGUGCCUUUAUAAUAGAACGGUCUGAACUGUAUAGGUAUGUACAGUAUACACCGAGCCAUUAUACUGUGUCUCUGUCCAUGGCUCUGGGUACACACUGCAAACCUGGUGUCACCACUGCAGCCUGUUACUGGGCUUCUCUGUACUGAGAGCAUUGAUAAGAACGUAUUUAAUGUGACUAGUUUGGGGAUAAUGUAACAAUGUAAUGUUUGGGGAUAAUGUAACGCUCUCUUUGUUUCCUUGGUUGGGUGAGCUGGAAGUUUCAGAGAAUGCUGCAUUAUGUCUGUGACUCUGCUCCAUAAUAAUUGUAUCCCCAGGGGUUCCUGAGUGUUUCUGAGGAUUUGUUUUGUUUCUUAUCGGUUUCUUCUCAGGAUUAAUUAUGCAGCGACUGUAAUACAUUUACAUAGUGAUGGUUUUUGUUUGCUUGUUUUUGCACCCUCAGGUUAAUGAACUGUUGGAGACUAUUAAGAUUGUUUUUCCCCUCAAAGGAUUGAAAGGGGCAGCAGAUAAUGUUACACGUUUUCGAGUUACUUAGUUAGGACUGACUUAGUCCGAGGGAGGCAGCACCAAUUCUGUAAUAUGAAUAUAGCGUUUGGUUUCUGUCAUUUUGACAGUGCUAGGGUGUGUUUAGUAGGAAUUGAGAGAGAGUGUGAGUGAUGUCGUUGAGUUUUGUUGUUCCUGCAGGUCUGCGGAUGCUGCUGCUCUCAGGUUGCUCCUGGGUGGCUGUGUCUGCCCUCUGCACUGCCAGCUGCCCGCUGCUGCGCACCCUGGAUGUCCAGUGGGUAGAGGGGCUCAAAGACGCCCAGAUGAGGGAUCUGCUCUCACCCCCCACAGACAACAGACCAGGUAGGUUCUCGCCAUCCUGCACUGUGUUAGUGACCAUUUGGACAUGUGGUGUGAAGUAUUGAGCAGUAUAUCAAUCUGUUUUGCAGUCCAGUCAGGCUGCUGCAGCCCAUCCAUGUCAGGUCUUGAGUGUGCUCUUUGGUGACCCUUUGUGUCGGUCUUUAUAGGCCACACAGCUGGAAACGCUUGCAUUCGAUUCUGCUCCUAGUAGAAGUAAGAAAGGUUUAAAAAAUAACUUGACAUGCAUUCAAUCUUUGUCUCUCUCUCCCUCCCUAGGUCAGCUGGACAACAGGAGUAAACUGCGAAACGUGAUGGACCUGCGUCUGGCCGGGCUGGACAUCACGGACACCUCCCUGCGCCUCCUCAUCCGAUACAUGCCCCAGCUGACCAGACUGGACCUGAGCUACUGCAACCACGUCACUGACCAGUCAGUCAACAUCCUGACCGCUGCAGGGACCUCCACCAGAGACUCGCUCACCGACGUCAACCUCUCCGGUAGGAGCAUACAAGGCCAUGUCACAAUAUCUACUAUCACUAUAGACAUUGGCUAUGUCAGAAUGUAUUCACUGCUAACAGUACUAUUCACUAUUUAGAACAUACUGGUGAGAAUCCAGACAUGGCUAUUGUCUGCUCAUUGUAACAUUAAUUCAUUGCUUCAUAGGUCUUAUUGAAUUACAUUUACAUUUACGUCAUUUAGCAGACGCUCUUAUCCAGAGCGACUUACAAAUAGGUGCUCGUUUGGGUGUAGGGACUGAUCAGAGCCUGAAGGUACGGAGGUGCCGUUCUCCUCACAGCUCCGUAGGCAAGCACCAUGGUCGUGUAGCAGAUGCGAGCUUCAACUGGAAGCCAGUGGAGUGUGCGGAGGAGCGGGGUGACGUGAGAGAACUUGGGAAGGUUGAACACCAGACGGGCUGCGGCAUUCUGGAUGAGUUGUAGGGGUUUAAUGGCACAGGCAGGGAGCCCAGCCAACAGCGAGUUGCAGUAAUCCAGACGGGAGAUGACAAGUGCCUGGAUUAGGACCUGUGCCGCUUCCUGUGUAAGGCAGGGUCGUACUCUCCGAAUGUUGUAGAGCAUGAACCUACAGGAUCGGGUCACCGCCUUGAUGUUAGGAAUGAAUGACGACAAAUGUUCCCUACUGAGAUGAAUGUACGCCUCAUAAAGUCAUAUAAAGACCCCAUGGAUGCCAGUAUAAAGUAUAAAUAGCUUUAAUUGUGUCUAUGCACAGUUGGAGCCAUGGUGUGGAGUAAAACUAGGCUCCAUUCCAAACACCAUAACUGAAGUACCCCCAUGGUUCUCCUCUCCCUGAGUAGUGCUGUUAAAGGUUGGGUCAAUGUGGGACAGACAGACAGGGGGAACCGUGUGGCAGGCAGACUAAUGAGCUCUCUGGCAUCACUGAUGUCUUAAUAUCCACUGUCAGUCACUCACCGAUGGAACCCAAUGAAAGCUUGUUAAUGGGGGAAGCCGUCACCUAUUGACUGUACUCGAUAUGCUCAUGACUAUGGUGAGGUUUUGGUUGGAGCCUUUAUCCUAGAAAACAAAUGACUGGUAUGAUCAAGUAUAUAGGAGGCGCCUAUCUGUCUGUGUAUUAACUGAAGAUGAUGAAUGGUCUCAUAUUACAUCAACCUCAUACUGUAUGUUCCUCCUCCCUCCCUAAUCUCUGCAGUGUGCAACAGAGUCACGGACCAGUCGCUGACCUACUUCAAGCGCUGUGGAAGCAUCUGUCAUAUUGACUUGCGCUACUGCAAGCAGGUGACCAAAGAGGGCUGCGAGCAGUUCAUUGCUGAGAUGUCAGUGAGUGUACAGUUUGGACUAGUAGAGGAGAAACUACUGCAGAAACUCAGCUAG